UUACAACUACAGACAGGAAGGGAUGGGUUUACUGGCACAGCGCUGUAAAUUUAACGCUCUCCUGAACUUUCAUUUUCAUCCUCAGAUGAUCAUGAAAUUUUCCACUGUGCCCUGACAUCACUUGACAAGCAGCCUUGCACUGCCUACCUCAGGAGAUUGCAAUUGGUACAUUGCACUUCUCAUCCUAAACUGCUGGUUUUAAUAUGCCUUAAGUCUGCAGAAACUGAGAAGAGUCCAGCCAGUAGAUCCGGGAUCCUACUUGUCUUAAAGUGCUACAACCCAAUUCCUUUUGUUUUGCUUUUGAUAGUAAAUUAUUACACCAUUUGAUAAAGAACAUUUCAAAAUAGGGAAGAAGCCAGUGAAGAAGAUGCUGCAGUUGAUGGAAAAUACAUUAAAAUUCUUAAAGGUGGGGUAAGCAGGCAAAAGGCUAAAGCAAAGAAGCAGUUUUGCCAUAUUGCAGAGUUUGAGGGAGUAUUAAGACCUAGCAAAUUUUCUUUGGGAAAUGAAAAUCCAAACUGGUGUAAAAGAUGAUUAAUACUAGUCAAUAUGAUGAGAUAUCUGGAAAUGCCUUUUAAAUGGUAGUUAUUAGUGUUAUCAAUUGUAUAUUUCCUUGACAGGAACUACCAGAAACUUCCAAUAGAAACAGUGAGUCUAUGGAGGUUCCAGAGUAUGAAGGCAGGAAGAACUGCUGAGGAGCUCUUUUGUUUCAUUGUAUAAUCUUCAUUUUAAGACAUACAGCGUCUGGGGGUUGGCUUCCACAGACCAGCUUUUUUUGAUAAGGGUGGCGUGUCAUAAGCAAACAGUGUCCUUAGACUUAUUUUUGCAUUUCUUUCACCUUCUAAAUGAAAUAUAGCAGAUUGAUAGAUUUGUAGUCUUACAUUUUUCUAGGAGUUACCAGUUUCAUUUCUCAUGUAUCCGUUAGACAUUUGAAGAAGUAAGGAGUAAGAAAGUGGAAAUUCCAGUAAUUCUCCAAGUAUGACAUACAUACGCAGUUGUCACUGUUUCUGUUUUCAUCCCUUAGUACAGAACAUUUUCACCAUUCUCCAAUCAGAAGAGCUCUGAAAAUAGGACCAACAGAAUUAGGUUACUUAUAACAUUUAGAAAGUUCUGAGCAUACAACUCCUGGAUUCCUCACAGGCUUGCUCUGCCAUUUCUGGUACGCUUGGUAUUUAGUGUAGGGAUUUGGCAACUAUAGUGUAUAUUUUUUGCAGGUGACAUUUUGGGAUGAAAAGUGCAAAGCUAGCAGCAAACCAAGACUCGCAGAUACUAUCCCAGUGUGUUCUGGCACCCAGUUUAUGACACAAACCCUCAGCAUUGUCAUUAUUUAGGUAUUUAUUUACCUCUGAGUUAAAAAAGUACAGAGAGGCUUUUGUGUGGCUCAGUGCCGCAUUGUACAAGGCACUGGAUGCAGCACACACAAAAGGACAAUACUUGUCUUGAAAAAUAACAUUUUAAGUAUGUAACACACACAAAAGUGUUGCCAGGAAUAUUAUGUCUCUUCUACAGUUAAGUGAUAGCAAGCUGGAACAUAUGAAUGAAGUCUCUCAACUGGUAGAGAAAAUGGCACUUCAGAUAGUGAAUGAAUGUUCUUGUUGGACCAAAUGAGUUAAGCUGUUUGUACCAUAAAACAGUCAUGUGUGAAAGAAGUAUGGAGCGUUUCACUAAAAAGCAUGAGUCCAUUUCCACAGUUCUAAAUGGUCUUUGGUGAUCUGACUCUAUUUUAACUGAUCAUAGAAUCAUUGGAUUGGAAAAGGCCUGUAAGAUCACAAAAUCCAAAGUCAGCCUAACACCACCAGUCUACUAAAACAUGUUCCAAAGUGCCACGUCUGCAUAUUUGUUGAACACCUUCAGGAAUGGAGACUCCACCACUUCCCUUAUCUUAAUCUCUGGUCUCGUCUGAAGUUGCUAGUCAGCUUUUUUGCUGUGAGUCCUGCUACCUAACACCAACUUGUCAUUGUUUUCUGGGGGUUCAAAGAUAGGUUAGAUACAGCUGCUCUUGUUCAUGGGGCAGAGAGAUGGACCAGGUGCCAUGGAGGUCCUUUCUAAUCCUUUUUUAAAGGUUAUCUGUUACUGGUACUUUACGGACCCAAUUUCCUGUUUGGCCAGUGAUGUUAAUCCAACAGGGUAAAGCAGGAAGCAGAGUAAGUUUCCUCAGGAAAAGAGAAUGCAUAAAGAACAGAGCCUUUGGUUUGUAAAUGCAGAUGGAGUACCUCAUCCUUAUCACAGGAGGAGUGUGUGAAGUCUUAACAAAUCUGCUAACAUUCCAUGUCUUUCUAGGAGCCAGCAGUGCUGUAUUUUGAAUUUGUGAUGUCAUAUGAAACAAUUCAGUAAGAUCCUCAUGGAGACGUCUCAGAUUAGUUAGGAAAAGGGAGUUAGAAAAAAAUCACUGGUAGUUUAUGAAGAGCUGGGACAAUUGAACAUCAUCUCUUUACGGUUACAUGAACUUAGGAAAAUCGACCCCUGUUAGCACCAGCUUUACCUCAGUAUCAUACUGCUUUGAAGACUCAGAUUCCUCUUCUCAGAGGAGCGACCUUACAAACAGAGCUUGUUUUUUAAACGGUUUUGAGAAUAUAACUUCUUGAGCUAAUGCAGAAUAUUGCAGUCAGAUAAAGAAUGUGACUUGAUUUGAAUGAAAUUGCAGAAAGCUUAUUAUUGAGGCUACGGGCCAUCACAUUUUCAGAAACAAAAUGUAACUCAAAAUGACAGCAUAGUCAGAAUGCCAUUGAAUAGGUUAAGCAUUCUGCUCUGAAAGGGCACCUCUUUCAUCAAAGUUAAUGCAAGACAAGCAACUAGUUUGUGCAUUCUGAUAUGGCAGAGGCAGAAGUGGCUGUGCAAAAGUAGGAAUCAUGUGCGAAAUUGGUUUUCUGAUGGAGCAGCUUUCCAAGCAGUGUAGAUUAUUUGUAGACGAGUGCACAGUGAGCUUGUUUAGUUAAUCUCUGACUCCACCUAAGGAAUGAACGGAGCUGUCUUGUUAUACAGACGGAGUUUUAUUAUCAAUUUCAGUGAGUAAAAGAGCAGGUCCUGUUUGAAAAACUGGAGUGAUUAAGCAGUUCUCUGAAUGACUGUGCCUCAGCCAAUACUUUAAACACUUCUCAUGAGGAAAUAUGAUGCUUCUCCUCUUCUGGUCAUUCCAAAUCUGAUUUUUCAUAUCUACUCCCUAUGUAGCCUUGCCUUGAUUUCAGCGAUCUCCAGGCAUGGGGAAAUAAGAAGGCUGAAUAAUAAAAGCAUAGAAACCAUUGGACAUAAUUGAAUUAACCUAAAUUUCUACUAAGAUGUUCUCUUUUACGGUGCUAGGCAUUAAGGUUCUUCAAUCUCUGUAGAAAAAAAUAGGUCAUAUUUAAUAAUAAAGUGAAAGAUGCAAAUAGAAUUUUUAAACCCUGACAAAACAGCAAAUGUGGAGAAGAUUGUGAUGUUGUUCUUUGAACUCUGACAUCUAUGUUAAGUUCAGGCCCUUUCAGUUUGACCCUUGAGAUACCUAACACUGUAGUUACACUCAAGUAAUUUCAGCUGUCUGUAUGGUUUGGGAAGUGCUGUUGUGGAUCAGAAGCAGGGCAGAAAUACAUAGCAUGGCAUUGGGUCACAGCUCACAUGUAAUUUCUGCCUGCUAAUUGAAUGUCUGGAAUAUUUGAAAGAGAGGGAUGCCAAGUGAUAAUUCCAGUGGGAGGAAGGGCAUCAUGGAAAAUAAAUAUAUAUAUCUGAGCAUGAAGACUCAUGAGUGGUGAAUGCAAACAGUGUGGGCUUGGUACAGUCAAGUAGGUGAGUGCUAAAACCACCAAAAGCUCAGGUCUGUUUCUCAAGAGAUUCAUCUGCAGCAACCCUGGAUGGGAUGUGUGCAGGUGUGUUCAUACAUGAACAUGUGUACACACCUCUGGGAGUGCUUUAUCCAAGGACUUAAUGUUCAUUUAUAAAUAAAUAAACAAACUGGACACAGAAUGAAGAAAAUGCCUUGCUACCCAAGUUGGUCCAGUAAAACUGUGACAGAUAGAAAGACAAUGUGUGUUUCCUUGUUUGUCUUGCAGCUUUGUCCUUAUUUCUGUAGCUCUUUGAUCAGCACCUUUAAAUCUUUCUCGUUAUCAUUGCAAUGAUUCUGACCUUGUAAUAGUCAGCAGAUUUAGGAAUUCUCUUCAGUUUGAAAACAGUUCUAAACCGGUCACUGAAUGAAUCAGUCGGGCCAAAAUCCUUGAGUGCCCUGCAUACCGCAGCAUUUCUGAGUCUGCAAUUGCCUGGCGCACUUUGUGCCACCCACCGCCCUUGGCUCCAGGUUUGCCUGUGGCUUUCACACUGCAGGGAGCAACAUGGUUUUAUGAUAUGUAUAUAUCUGAAUGUUGUUUAAAACUGAAAAUCAGCUCAAUAAUCUCAUCUUCAUCAUCUAGUUGUCUUGGUGUUCCCGCAUACGAGGUGGUGUAAAUAGUUUAUACGUCAGGGAGCUGCAGUUUCCUUCCAGUUUUUCUAGUGAGUUGGAAAAGCACAAAGGGGCAAACCUGUCAGGCAGCGCCAGAUGGGAUAGGGAGCUCUGGAGGGGAAGAAACUCUACAAGAAGUCUGCUGAGAAAGAUCCUUUGAAAUUUGAUCAAAAAUAAGGAAAUUAUUUAUUUAUGCUACACUUGAAAUACCUGUCCCUAGUUAUAAUCCCCUGCUUAAAUGCUGUACUGGUCCAUAUCCUGAAGCUCUGUGGUUCUGUAAAAUUUCUUCUGAAGUUGCUUUGUGUCCUUCCACAGCUGCUGGUUUGAUGUACAGGAGAAUGGCCAGCAGCGAUAAAACCUCUAAGAGUUGUUUUUUUGUUUGUUUUAGCAUUACUUGCAUGGUUGCAAAAACCACUCAGUGUGAUGCACUGUGCCUGUUGCCGGGCACAUGUGGAAACCAAGGUUGCAGCAGCUUGCGUGGGAAGGAGGGGAUGCUGGUACCUUCAGGAACUUGGGUGCUCUCCCCUCUUGCGGUCCUUGUCAUUAUGUAAUGCUGCAGCAGCACAUCAUUGCACGCCCUCUGCUUCAGAAAGAACUGCUGGAGGUGUUGGGAUUCCCCUUUUGUCCACUGUCCAUACGUCGCCUUGCUCUGCUGUUUUGCAUACACGAUCCUGGAGUAUAAAAUGCUUUUGCCUCAUGGGAGGGAUACAGAGCAGAAGAGAUUAAAAGGAAGAGACUUUGACAGGGAAGAGCAGCUCCUGGCAGGUCUGGGAAACACUCUUCUAAACAGGGUAAGGCAGUGCUGUCCCUGAGUGCUCGCUCUGCUGUUCAUGUACUGCAGCUCGCAAGUGAAGUAGUUUCAUGGCAAACUUUUUUUUCCGUAUUAGGAGCAAAGUGCUGGAGUUGGUUUCCUGCUUUAUUCCCAAGCUGUCCUACUGCUCUGAAAACUUGAUCCCUGUUUCGGCUGAUCUAAAGAAGUGUUCCCACGUCACAUAAAACAAGAUUUCAGUGCUCUGAACUAAAAUAAUAAAUAAAGCAUACAAAAUGUUGUGCCCGUGGCAGUUUGUAUUCAAACCUCGUGCUGCAAAGAACCAGCCCUCUGAAGAGAAGGACAUCAAUAAUAACGUGGCGAAAAAUAAGAAGGUUGAUGGCUUAGAAAAUGAAGCCAAUUUACAUGAUCUGAACAAGAAGCAGAUUGAGAUGCCACCUAUCAUAACCUCAGCAAAGAACCCUCACCCAAAAGGUGUCAAAGAUUCAAACCAAAUAUCAAGAUAUCCAAGACAUGUAAAAGUAAGAAACUUGGAAAGUGGAUCCAGCUUUCUCGACACGCUACACCUGGGAGCAAAAGAGGUUAUCAACUGCCGGACUAAAGCCUGCCAAGGAGCACUCAUGACCCCAAAGGGCCUGGUGAGAGGUACUAGAGAUGGGCCAGUUCCACCAGCAGAGCUUUUACCUCAGGCAAUAGACUUUAUCAAGCAGUACUACAAUUCUUUUAAAGAGCCAAAAAUAGAAGAACACCUGAACCGACUGGAAACAGUGACGAAGGAGAUAGAAACAACAGGAACCUACCAUCUGACAAAGGAUGAACUGAUCUUUGCUGCCAAACAGGCCUGGCGGAAUGCACCUAGAUGUAUUGGGAGAAUCCAGUGGUCUAAUCUACAGGUAUUUGAUGCCCGUGAUUGUAAAACAGCGAAGGAAAUGUUUGAACAUGUCUGUCGUCAUAUUCAGUAUGCCACAAACAAUGGAAAUAUAAGAUCAGCCAUCACCAUCUUCCCUCAGAGAACGGAUGGGAAACACGAUUUCCGUAUUUGGAACAGCCAGCUCAUCCGAUAUGCGGGAUAUCAAAUGCCAGAUGGGUCUGUUGUAGGAGACCCUGCCAGUGUGGAGUUCACACAGUUGUGCAUUGAGCUUGGGUGGAAGCCGAAAUAUGGCCGCUUUGAUGUAGUUCCACUUGUUCUCCAAGCAAACGGCCAGGACCCAGAAAUGUUUGAAUACCCGCCAGAAAUUAUCCUCGAAGUGCCAAUGGAACAUCCAAAGUAUGAAUGGUUUAAGGAGUUGGAUCUGAAGUGGUAUGCGCUGCCUGCUGUGGCUAACAUGCUUCUUGAGGUGGGAGGCCUGGAAUUUACCGGGUGUCCUUUCAAUGGCUGGUACAUGGGGACAGAGAUAGGUGUGCGAGACUUCUGUGAUGUACAGCGAUACAACAUCCUGAAGGAGGUAGGAAGAAGAAUGGGACUGGAAACAAACAAACUUUCAUCGUUAUGGAAAGACCGAGCUGUUGUAGAGAUAAACGUGGCUGUGCUUUAUAGCUUCCAAAAACAGAACGUGACUAUCAUGGAUCACCACUCAGCUGCUGAGUCCUUCAUGAAAUACAUGCAGAACGAGUAUCGUGUGCGAGGAGGCUGCCCGGCUGACUGGGUGUGGAUUGUACCUCCUAUGUCAGGGAGCAUCACUCCAGUGUUCCACCAGGAGAUGUUGAACUACGUCCUCACUCCUUUCUAUUACUACCAGGUGGAUGCAUGGAAAACACAUAUCUGGCAUGAUGAGAUGCGGAGGCCAAAGAAAAAAGAAAUAAAGUUUAGCAUCUUGGCAAAGGCUGCACUCUUUGCAUCUUCACUCAUGCGACUAACAAUGGCAACCAGGUCCAAAGUUACUGUAAUAUAUGCAACAGAGACUGGGAAAUCGGAAACGCUAGCCAACAAUCUGUGCAGCUUGUUCAACUGUGCCUUCAACACUAAGAUUCUGUGCAUGGAUGAAUACAACAUCUCUGACCUGGAAAAAGAAACACUCCUUUUAGUGGUUACUAGCACUUUCGGAAAUGGAGAUUCUCCAAAUAACGGAAAGACCUUGAAGAACUCCUUGCUCACCUUGAAACUGUUGAGAAAAAAAAUUAGAUAUGCUGUGUUUGGUUUGGGGUCCAGCAUGUAUCCAGAGUUCUGUGCCUUUGCUCAUACCAUUGACCAAAAACUGGCCCAACUAGGGGCUUCUCGGCUCACUCCGGUGGGUGAAGGAGAUGAACUCAAUGGGCAAGAAGAAGCCUUCCGCACAUGGGCAGUCAGUGCCUUCAAGACUGCCUGUGAUAUUUUUAACAUCUGCGGGAAAAACAGUAUUCAGUUGCCUGGGAUUUAUACCUCUGAGGAAAGCUGGGAUCCUAAGAAUUACCGGAUAGUGCACGACACUCAAACCAUGGACUUGCCUAAAGCACUUGCAAAACUUCAUGCUAAGGAUAUCAUUCCCUUGAAGCUGAAGUUCAGACAGAACCUGCAAAGUUUAAAAUCAAGUCGUGUUACCAUUCUACUUAAGCUUUCCUGUGAGACUAAUCAGGAAGUGCACUACCUGCCUGGAGAACACAUCGGGAUUUUCCCAGGCAACCAGCCAGAACUAGUCUAUGGCCUCAUUGCGCGUGUCAAGGAUGCUCCUCCAGCUGAUCAGACUAUCAGACUUGAAACCUGCGCUGAUGGUGGCUAUUGGACAAGUGACAAAAAGAUUCCAGCCUGCACACUCCCUGAGGCUUUGACAUACUUGCUUGAUAUCACUACCCCACCCUCCCAACAGCUGCUGAAAAAACUUUCCCAGCUGGUAACAAUGGAAGGAGACAAACAGAGACUGGAAGUUUUAUGUCAGAGCACAGAAGAAUACAAUAAAUGGAAGUUCUACAACAGCCCGAAUAUCCUGGAGGUCCUGGAGGAGUUUCCUUCUGCUGAGGUCUCAACAGUGUUCUUACUGACUCAGCUGCCACUUCUGAAACCCAGGUACUAUUCUGUCAGCUCCUCCUGUGACAUGACACCCAAAGAGAUCCAUCUGACAGUUGCCGUUGUAAACUACAGGACAAGAGAUGGACAAGGGCCUUUACACUGUGGAGUUUGCAGCACAUGGCUGAAUACAAUAGCUCUCAAUGGAACAGUUCCAUGCUUUAUACGCAGAGCUAAUGAAUUCCACCUCCCAAAGGACUCAACCAAGCCAUGCAUUCUGAUUGGCCCAGGAACGGGAAUUGCUCCCUUUAGGAGUUUCUGGCUGCAGCGUCUCUAUGACUUGGAAAAAAAAGGGAUCAAAGGUGGUGACAUGACGUUAUUGUUUGGCUGCCGGCAGCCAGACAUGGAUCACAUCUACAAAGAAGAAACUGAGGAAAUGAAGAGGAAGGGGGUCCUGAAAGAUGUCUAUACAGCUUACUCCAGGCAACCUGGCCAAGCUAAAGUCUACGUUCAAGACAUUCUUCAAAGCAAGUUGGAGUUCAAAGUGUGCAGCCUCUUGCAUAGGGAGGAAGGACACCUGUAUGUCUGUGGAGACGUACGCAUGGCCAAGGAUGUUGCUCAGACAUUGAAAGGAAUACUAGCAAAAAACCUCAAACUCAGUGAGCAGCAGGCGGAGGAGUAUUUCUUCCAGCUAAAGAGCCAAAAGCGAUACCAUGAGGAUAUAUUUGGGGCUGUAUUCCCACAUGAAGUCAAAAACGGUAUACGAACUUUGCAGCCUACCAGUCCAAGAACAAAUCAACUCAUGUUUUAGACAAAGCUUGCACUUUUGUUGUAUUGAAAUACUGGGGGCUCUUUCUUAUACAUGUUAAAUCAGACACGUGUCUGAUUGUAGGAUUUGACUUUUAAACCUCGGCCUUAAUUAAGAAAAAUAUUAAAUUUAACUUGUGCUAUUUAUUCUGAGACUUCUUAUAAUAGAUUAUCUUAAUAGCAAAUAUGCAAAUUAUUUUUUUAAUGCUGUCUAUGCUAGUAUAAAUCUGCUAUUUUUUUGUAAAUACAGGGAAGAUGUAGAGGAGUUUUUUACUGUGUAAGCUAGAACUGAAAUCUUGUUUGAAAUGUAUUGUUUAUCUUUGUGAAUUUAUUUAUAUCAGACUGUUUUACUGUGCCUAUUAACUUCACUUUAAAGCAAGUAAAUGGAUGAUUGUGUCACUUGGAAACGUCUAGUCACACGCCUUGUUGAAUCUGAGGCAAUAUUUCCAAAUGGGAUAACAAUAUAAUAGCCCAUAAGUGGAAAUUCCUGCUGCAUGCACUUUAAAUGUGUAUCCGUGGGGAGGUAGUAGGUUUGAACUCUGCUUUGUGUGAAUCAGGUACUUGAACCUGAGUUGUUGUUACAGAGCUUGUGGCAGUAAGGUUCAGAAAAUUCAAAAGCACUUUGUACAUUUGAAUGCUGUGCUCUGAUUUACUUGAUUUGUUUGUAAUAAAGGAUGCCUUUAU